AUGCCGAGGCGCGCCCUGCACACGACCUUCCUGCUGGCCACAAGCCAUGCGCCAUUUCGACAGCCGCCGAGUCACGGCUUCGCCGCCUGUCGCCUGUCUUUGUUGGCAGCGAGCCGGUGGAAGGCAGCCGUGAGCGAUGCGCGACAGCGCCAUCUGCACCUGGCCGCGACGUCUCUGGCGGCAGACCAGUCGACCAUCUAUGCGCUGUCCUCGGCGCCUGGCAAGGCCGGCAUAGCCGUGAUCCGGGUAUCGGGGCCGGCGUGUCUCCAAGUGCGUAGGGCGCUGUGUCCGACAGCAGCGCAGCUGAAGCCACGGUACGCCGCAGUGCGGACGCUGUACCGCCCGCAGGCCAGCGACGACGUGCUCGACACGGACGCCGUCGUGUUGUACUUUCCGGGGCCGAAGACGGUGACGGGCGAAGACGUGCUAGAGCUGCACGUGCACGGCGGUGCGGCCACGGUACGAGCGGUGCUGUCGGCGAUUCCAGCGACCAGCCAGACGGCCAUUCGGUAUGCCGAGCCGGGCGAGUUUACGCGCCGGGCCUUCUUCCACGACCGCGUGGAUCUGGCGGAGGUCGAGGCGCUGGGAGCCGCCCUGGAUGCCGAGACGGAGCAGCAGCGGCGGGCAGCAGUGCGUGGCAGUGGUGGCCGGCAGCUGGGUGCGACGUACGAUGGCUGGCGACGUGAGCUGCUCGCCGCCCGCGCCGAGAUCGAGGCGCUCAUCGACUUUGCCGAGGACCAGCACUUUGACGAAUCGCCCACAGAUCUGCUGGGCGGUGUCUCUGGUCACGUGCGCACAUUGCUGCGGGCGCUGGCCACACACGAGGCCGCGGCCGAUCGCGGCAGCCUCCUGCGCCAGGGCAUCCGCAUCGCGCUCGUGGGCCCGGCCAACGCCGGCAAGAGCUCGAUGAUGAACCUGGUGGCUGGCCGCGCCGCAUCCAUCGUGUCGCCCGAGGCCGGCACUACGCGCGACGUCGUCCAGGCCAGCCUCGACUUGCGCGGAUAUCUCUGCACCUUUGCCGACACGGCCGGCUUCCGAAACAUUCGAGACGUCCGGGACACAUCGGCUGCCUCCACGAUCGAGGCCGAGGGAAUACGACGCGCCCGCCAAGAGGCUGCCGAUGCUGACGUCGUCGUCGUCCUGGCAGCUGUCGAGCCCGCCACCCACCCCGACGGCACUCCCUCUCUCGCUGUCCGCUACGACCCAGAAACCCUUCGGCUGGCCGCUCGUGCUCAGAAAUGUCUGGUCGUGCUCAACAAGUGCGACCUCGCGCCCGAUCCUGCCGCCUUGGCUGCCCUCCAGGCCGACCUCUCCGCCGCCAUCCAGACCUCCUUCGAUGUCCCGACUGCCAGCGUGCCCCUCGUGGCCAUCUCGUGCCGCAUCGCCGAAGUCGCUGCUGCUGCCGCUGGAUCCAACGAUGGCCACAUCAACACCGCUCCUCCCCUUUCGGGCGCCUCCAACGCGGAUGGCGAUCCCGGCGGCAUCGGCGGCCUCGUCGACCAGCUCGCCCGCUCCUUUGCUGCCAUGACCGACCUGCCACCCGACGCUCAGCACCUGCUCGGCGUCACCGCUCGCCAGCAGCAGCUCUUGGCCCAGUGUCGCCGCCACCUCGACCACUUUCUCCUCGAGGCCGGUGCCACUGCUGGCUCACGUGACCCCGACGUCGUCCUCGCUGCUGAGCAUCUGCGAUAUGCUGCAGACAGCCUGGCGCAAAUCACCGGACGCGGCGAUGUCGGCGACAUCGAGGAGGUGCUAGGCGUCAUCUUCGAAAAGUAG